AUGGCUGAGGACUCCAGCGGUCCAGACUUGGACGAUGUUGACGUUCAGCUGCGCGGGCUUCGGAGCGGCUCGACGCGACUACGAACAGAAAUUCUCAGACGAAUACUUCAAUCUGUGGAAGUCGAACACGAUACGAUCGACUCGGAGCGCGAUCGGCAAGCCAACUCGAAAGAUGGCUCUAGGAAAGUGUCGGAGGCUCAACUUCUUGCCCCUGUGCCGCACAUUUUAGCAACAUACCCUCUGUACAAAGACCGAGCGUCACGGAAGCUCGUGCAGCACAUCCUUCGAGCAUAUCUACGAGACCCUGUCGUGGGCGCAAAAUGCACAAAGGCGAUCACGAGCUAUCUGCAGAAUGAAGCGCAGAAGCCCGUCAUUGCUCCGAGCAAUGCCUUCGUACUGCUAGAAUGGUGUGCGUUGGUGCAAGAAGAAUUAGCAAAGUCCUCAGCAUAUCUCGACACAUAUCUACCCCAGCUGGUCACGUCUGCCGCAGCAUGUCUUGACAAGACGGCUGACAGAGAUGUCAGAGCUAGUCUGCGCUCAAGCGCACUUGUUGUCGCCAGACGUGGCGUACGCAGCCUUCUCAGGCGCGACGAGGUGGGUCAAAAGGCACUUGAUACCAUUAUUUCCACUCUUGCCUCCAGCACAUCGGCGUCUGCUAGAAACGCCGAGUACUUGGACGUAGUCGCCGGCACCAGCUACAGGUUGGAAUCCAGAAGAGGGCAAUUUGCAGCUCAGCGAGGGAAGAUCCUCGAGUUCUACGUCAAGCACAUACUGGGUUCCAAGGUCGUAUUACCAGAGCACCAGUCAUACGCACUGCACGAGUUCUUUUCAAACUUCGUCGACCCCAAAGACGUGACUGACACGCUCAUUCCAGCAGUUGAGAAGGGCAUUCUAAGAUCUGGCGAGGUCGUCCUGCAAGGACCAGUUGUCGGUUUAGCACUGCAGUUGAGGGCUGACAUUGACAUAAGUGCUGCUGUGCAAGCCAGAUUGAUCAAGCCUUUGGUUGCUGCUAUGGCUUCAACCAAUGCGCAGGUCAGAGAAGGAGCCGGGAAGACGAUGACAGCUCUUCUCAAGAGAGGCGGCGACCAUGCACUAGCUGAGAAAAUUACUAUCGACUUGGUGGCGGCAUUCAAGGCUACCAAAGCUGCCUCCCACGAGAUCCGGGGCAUGCUAUCAGACGUGAUGCUAGUGCUCCAGCCUCAGGCAGCCACCUCGCUUGUGGUAGUCGAUGGUCUGCUUCCUGGGGCCUCAAAGGAGGCGAACGAGCCCACCUUCAGGAAGGGACUCAAUGCUAUUGCUUACCAUCUCCCUGUGUUGAUACAAGAGGACAAGCUCACAAAAGCUACGGCAGACACUCUCCUAAAAAAUUGUGCAGACAAGAAACCUGUCAACCGAAAAUGCUGGCACUUAUGCUUAGCAUCGGCAGUCCGGAUGCUGGAUGAAGUGCCCACUGCAGGGUCUUCACGAGACUUCGUUUCCUCGGUCCUCCGGCUCUUGCAGCAAGUCUACGAUGAAGUGUCUGCCAACGCGCUUCCCGCUGUGCAGUCAGGUAUCGCUGCAGCUGCAUACGCCUUGCCUGUUUUAUGCGGCGCAGGCAACCAGCUACCUGUUGAGUUGCAGGAGAAGGUGAGGUCAGCUGCAUUUUCGGCAUCCACUGGAUCAUCAUUCAUCCUCAAUCCAAAAGUCUACACCAAGAUGACCAACGUCGAUGAUCAAAUGUGGGCAGCAAGGUCACUGCAAGGCAUCGCUGCAGGCUUGCCAGAGGCCGGCGAAUUCAAUCAGUCUUCGUGGGCUCGCGCAUUCCUGCAUUUUAUAUUGUCGGCUGAUGUUCAUCCGGACGUGCGUCGAGACGCUACGCUUCUGCUGAAGUCGACCUAUCUUCAACAUCCCGAGUCCGUCGGCCAAAGCGUGCUGCACGGAGUUUGGGACUUGCUGAAAGAGAUUCACGAGCAGCAAAGUGACCCAACACUGCCACUGGGUGACAUCAAGCUUCAUCACGCCUUGAAGAGCAUUCUGACAAGUAGAAGUGCCGUUGUCAAUGGCGCCCUAGUUGAAACUUCGAUCCUCGAACGACAGGCGAUCCGCUCUAUCGCGCUCUUCAGGCCCGAACUGAUUGCUCACACGGAGUGGAUAGCGGCAUGCCUCGCGCAAGGUCUCGAUCCUGGCAAUCUCGCCCAAAGAGAGCAUGUAGCGUUGCUGGCGGAAAUCACUGGCAAGUUCAGCCAAGCGAAGCUCGCGCCUCUAGAUGUCUUCGAAGUUGCAGCAUCGAACGCCGCAGCAUCUUUGGCCUUUGUCGCACCCGAGAGCAUAGUACCGCUUCUCCUGAAAGCAAUUGAGGAUGAUCUGAGUCCCGCGAAGCUGGAAGAUAUUAGUCCGGUAGAUAUGGCUAUUGCUCGCGCGCCGGAGGGUGAAGUUGUGGUGGACGUUCUAUCCCAAAAAUCCAAUGGAGUCGUGGAAAACAAGAACGUCAAAGACUACGAUAUCAUGAAAUGGGAGGAAGAGAUGCGUUCCAGACUUGCCCAGAAGAAAGGAGCGCAACCCAAGAAGCUCACGGCAGACCAGCAAGCAAAGGUUGACGCUCAAUUGAGGCACGAGACGCAGGUGCGGAAAAGUAUCAGACAAACAUCUGCACAGCUUCGUCGAGGCUCGCAGUUCAUCAAAAGUCUGGCGCAGGGUCCGCCCACAGAGCCUCGAACAUGGAUGUCUGGUGCUAUUUCUGCAUUGAUGGGCGCAUUGUCGGCAGGUGGCGAUCUCAUUGUGGACGACGAGCUCUUCUCUGCGUAUCUUGCGUGUUCCUCGAAAGUGAGCGACCGUAUAGGCAACUUGCGACCCUUCAUUGGCAUUGCCACGCUCCGAUCACUUUCUAACGCUUCGAUCCCUGACCAGUACUCUGAAGAGGCGCUCGGAGAGCUGACAACCCGGGUACUGUAUCGCCUGCGAUUUGCAGCUGAGCAGCGACCCUUCGACACCGCAUCCUUUGCAUAUAUUCUGCCGCUCAUGUUUGCAGUUCUCCGUCAAGGCGGCGUCGGGGAGCUAUCAGACGAAGACGCCGAUGCGCAGGUGCUGCUUGCCAUCGAGUUCCUGUCGUUCCAGAUGCCCGUCUGCGACGACACGUAUCUGCCGCGCAUGCAAAUUAUAGAGCAUCUCAUCUAUUCGAUGCAACGCUAUCCACAGCAUCACAGACUUCUGAAGGAUUCUCUGGCGGACUUGUGCAGAGCCAUCGCGGAAACGCUGUCGGAUGCUGAGCGCGAUAUUCUCUUGGCUUCGACUACGGCUGCACAGUCCGCAGUACGAAGUGCUGUGCUUCAGGCAGUCCAGGCUGAACUGGAUCUGACUGAUAGCCCGCCUUCCGUACACAUUUGGAUUGCCUGCCAGGAUGAGGAAGACGAAAACGCCGAGACAGCACUAGCAAUUUGGGAAGAAAGUGGAUUCAGCCUCACAAGCGAGCUUGUUCAGCAGCUGCCGGGCUUCCUGUUUACUGUCGCCAGAUCUACACGGUCAGCAGCUGCGAAAGCUCUGGCACAGGCUUUGUUGGCAAUGCCCAAUUCUGCUGCCGCCGUUGUCGAGAACCUCAAAGACUCCUAUGUUGAGGAAGCACAGCCACUGGUUCCGAAAGCUAAUAAAUUCGGGAUCAUCCAGAGAGGCGAACUCAUUGACCAGUGGGAGCGACGUAGCGGUAUAGCAUUGGCCUGUAAAGAGCUUGCUAGUGUGUACAAAGCCUCUGACCUCGUCGCCAUGUUCGAAUUCUUGGUCAACAAGGGGCCACUUGCUGAUCGAAAUGCGACUGUCAGAGCGGAGAUGGUCGAUGCUGGGAAGACUAUUGUCUCCCUUCGCGGCAAGGAAUGCUUGGAACCACUCAUGCAGCUAUUCGAGACUACUAUGCAACAGCCGGACAAGGGCACGCAAGAAUUCGACUGGGCCAAUGAAGCGGUCAUCGUCCUCUACGGAUCACUCGCGCAGCAUCUACCCGACGGAGACAAGAGGAUUGACUCGGUUGUGUCGAAACUUAUCGCAACCCUGAGUACACCCUCAGAGUCUGUUCAGUAUGCAGUCGCUCUUUGCCUGCCUCCGUUAGUGCGAGCUAAAUUUGUUGACGUCGGAACAACGCUUACGGCAUUGCUUGAACAGCUAUUCGGACACAAGAAGUAUGCUGCCAGACGUGGUGCAGCCUACGGCAUUGCGGGUGUCGUCAAAGGCAAGGGUGUAGCAGCGCUCCGGCAGUACCGCGUCAUGAGUUCUCUGAGAGGCGCUACUGAGAACAAAAAGAGUCCGGAGCAUCGUCAAGGUGCUAUGUUUGCAUACGAGCUCAUGUCGCUCCUCCUGGGGCGUGGGUUUGAGCCGUACGUGGUUGAGAUACUGCCUCAACUGCUGGCCUGCUUUGGUGAUCCGAAUGCGGGCGUCCGAGAGGCGUGUCUGGAUGCCGCAAAGACCUGCUUCGCCAGUCUGAGCUCAUUCGGCGUUCGCAAAGUGCUGCCACAGCUCCUCGAGGGCUUGGAUGACACUCAAUGGCGAAGCAAGAAAGGAGCUUGCGAUCUUCUGGGAGCUAUGGCCUAUCUAGACCCUCAGCAACUGGCCACAAGUCUGCCAGACAUCAUUCCACCUCUGACAGCUGUCCUGACAGAUAGCCACAAAGAAGUCCGCAAUGCUGCUAACAGUAGCUUACAACGAUUCGGGGAGGUCAUCACGAAUCCAGAAGUCAAGAGUCUUGUGAAUGUUCUGCUGAAGGCACUCAGCGAUCCCACGAAGCACACUGAGGAAGCACUCGACAGCCUGAUCAAAGUAUCCUUCAUCCAUUAUCUUGAUGCGCCGUCGCUUGCCCUUGUUGCGCGAAUACUCGAACGCGGACUGAACGAUCGAUCGUCCACGAAACGCAAAGCUGCUCAGAUCAUCGGAAGCUUGGCGCAUUUGACCGAAAAGAGAGACAUUGUUGUCCAUCUACCCAUUCUCGUACAAGGCCUGCGACUGGCAACGAUAGAUCCGGUGCCGACCACCCGUGCUACAGCAUCGAAAGCACUGGGCAGUCUGGUGGAGAAAUUGGGAGAAGAUGCCUUCCCAGAUUUGAUCCCAAGCUUGAUGUCAUCGCUGCGCACAGAGACAGGUGCUGGCGACCGGCUCGGCUCGGCUCAAGCGCUUUCCGAAGUUCUGGCCGGCUUGGGUACUUCACGACUUGAGGAGACGCUGCCGUCAAUCUUGCAAAAUGUUUCCAGCUCUCGAGCCACGGUUCGGGAGGGCUUCAUGACCUUGUUCAUUUACCUACCAGCAUGCUUCGGCAACAGCUUCGCCAACUAUCUUGGUCACAUCAUUCCAUCGGUGCUGAGCGGGCUUGCUGAUGAGGUUGAGGCUAUCCGAGAGACUGCACUGAAAGCCGGUCGUCUGCUGGUGAAGAACUUUGCCUCGAAAGCAAUUGAUCUAUUGCUACCAGAGCUUCAACGUGGUCUGGAAGAUGACAACUAUCGCAUUCGCUUGAGUUCCGUCGAGCUGGUCGGCGAUCUGCUCUUCAGUCUUACAGGCACCACCGCUCAAGAAGAUGGCGAUGAAGAAGUGGCCGAGAACGCUGCUCAAGCCGGUCAAUCGCUACUCGAGGUACUCGGCGAAGAACGACGCAACAAGGUCUUGUCUUCUCUGUACAUCUGCCGAUGUGACACAUCAGGUUUGGUCCGAUCAGCUGCGAUCAAUGUGUGGAAGGCUUUGGUAGCAACUCCAAAGACUCUGAAGGAGAUUGUGCCAACACUGACACAAAUGAUCAUUGCUCGUUUGGCAUCAUCCAACAUGGAGCAUAAGGUCAUUGCUGGUAAUGCUCUCGGAGAAGUCAUUCGCAAGGCUGGGGAAGGCAUAUUCUCCACCCUGCUUCCUUCCUUGGAGGAGGGAUUGCAAAUAUCCACUGAUGCAGAUCAGCGUCAAGGUAUCUGCAUGGCAUUGAAGGAGAUUGUCAGUGCCGCAUCGCCAGAUGCGCUGGAGGAUUACGAGAAGCAGCUCAUUGUUAUCAUCCGUAUUGCACUAGUCGAUUCGGACGACGAUGUUCGUGAAACAGCUGCAGAAUCUUUCGAUGCACUACAACAGACCUUCGGCAAUCGUGCUGUCAAUCAAGUGCUGCCCCAUCUGCUCAGUCUUCUACGGGACGAGGACGAAGCCGAGAAUGCCCUGGCAGCUCUUCUCACAUUGCUUACAGAGACAACGCGAGCCAAUGUCAUAUUGCCAAAUUUGGUGCCGACUCUGCUCACUAGCCCAAUCACUGCAUUCAACGCCAGAGCUCUGGCAUCGUUGGCCAACGUCGGUGGCUCAAGCAUGACGAGGCGGCUGCCCACGAUUCUGAACACGCUUUGCGACAAUAUCGUCGCCUGCAAUGAUGACGAACUCAAAGAGGAGCUUGAUACCGCUUUCGACGCCGUACUAGGCGCAGUGGAUGAGUUCGAUGGUCUCAACAUGGCAAUGAGCGUCAUGCUCGCAAUGGUCAAGCACGAUGAUCACAGAAAGCGAGCCGUUGCUGCCACUCACCUGGCUACAUUCUUCUCCGCGACAGAGGUUGACUAUUCGCGAUACAACCAAGAUCUUGUGCGGGUCCUACUUAUCUCAUUCGGCGAUCGUGACAAGGCAGUCGUCUCUGCGGCAUGGUCUGCACUCAGCCAACUUCAAUCCCAUAUGCGCAAGGAAGAGAUGGAGUCUCUAGUUGCCUCGACUCGCCAGACCCUGCAACAAGCUGGUACCGCUGGAUCCAACCUACCAGGUUUUGCGCUUCCGAAGGGAAUCCAACCUGUCAUGCAGAUCUUCUUGCAAGGUCUCCUGAACGGUACGCAGGAUCAGCGAGUGCAGGCUGCCAUGGGUCUCUCGGACAUCAUUGAGCGAACUAGUCCCGAGUCACUGAAAGUCUUCCAGACGCACAUCGCUGGUCCGCUUAUCCGUGUGGUCGGAGAGCGUUCAACGGACGUCAAAGUUGCGAUCCUCAGCACGCUCAACCUCUUGCUGGAGAAGAUCGGGGUGUUCCUGAAACCAUUCAUCCCACAACUGCAGCGUACAUUCACCAAGUCCAUGGCAGAUCCAUCCAGCAGCCUUCUCCGUCAACGUGCUACGAAGGCGCUGAGCACCCUGAUCCCACUACAGGCAAGAAUCGACCCCUUGAUCACGGAGCUCGUCACGGGAGCCAAAAGCGCCGAUGACGGCGUGAGGAGCGCGAUGCUGAAGGGUUUGCAGGAAGUUGUGACUAAGACAGAUGCACAAGAUGACAACACUAUGGAGACAUUCGCCCGUCUACUUGGUGGCAUGAUCAAAGUACUGCCGAACGACAAAGCGGCUGGCCUGGUCAAGAGCCGAGUGCUCGUGGAACCUUCAACCCGCGCAUCGAUUCUGGCUCUGAAUGCCACGCUGCUCGACAACGCGGCUCAACUAAUCCAGGACUUUGGCACGGAGACAAGAUCUGCGAUAGCGAACAGUAUCUCCGGCACUAACACAUUCAUCCAGCAGAACGCUGCCCUUGCGGCCGGCAAGUAUCUGCUCUCGGAAGGCACCUUGAGCCACGAAGCAGAGUGUAUGCCUCUGAUCUCAGCACUCGCUUCCGUCAUACAGCCACCUGGAGACAUCGACACCCGACGCCUCGCCCUCGUCGUUGUUCGCACAGUCGCCCGUAACCAUUCUGGCGAUGGCGUGAAGCCGUUCGUUCCCCAUCUCGUACCACCGGUCUUUGCUAGCGUACGAGAUCCUGUCAUUCCCAUCAAACUUGCGGCGGAGGCAGCAUUCCUGCAGCUCUUCAGCGUCAUGGACGAAGAAUCUGCCGUGUUCGAUGAGUAUAUGGCUGGUCCGGGGAAGUCUCUGCCGCCUGCCCAGCAGAGGCCAAUGACUGACUACUUCAAACGCGUGGCAUUGAGACUGGGCGCUCAGGCUCGGGAGAGACGAGACGCCGAAGGAGGUACUGGAGGACUAGGCCUGAGUAGUGAUGAGCAGGAGGACGAGAGGGAAGUGUGGAGUGUGGGCAAGGUCGACUUGGGGGAGGGCGGGUUUGGGGAUGAGUAG